AUGGGCGGAAGCAAGGGUAAAGCGCCCCAGCGCCGGGCUCGACCCGGGAGGCCAGCCGCAGCUGAGCGGGAGUCGGGGUCCGCCAGCGCGGACGGGGCCUCCAGCGGGGACGGCAGGCCGGCUAGCGGCAAGGGCCGCAGGACCAGGCCCGCCCCGGGGCUCGAGGCCCCCGGAGGCGCGGGGAGCGCUGGGGGCCACGGGAAGCCCACCGAGGAGGGGGCCCCCCGCUGCAGGCGUGCAUCCCAGGAGGCCCAGGAGAGGCAGGGCGGCUCGCGGCGUCCGGGACACGGGCCCAAGGAGAGUCGCGAACCCGGGGACAGUUGUGAGGAGCGGAGACUCCCCGGGAAAGAAGCGCGGCCGCCCAAGCGCGGCCGGCGCAAGAGAGGAAAGGAGAGGGGGCCUUCGACUCGGCGUCGAGGGCAUGGAGAGGCGCCUGGGAGGGAUGGGGACACGUCGGGCGGGGAUGGUGGCAGCUCGUGCCUGGACAGUGAAGCCCGCGAGGCCCAGGAGAGCAGCAGCCAGGACAGUGGAGCCCCGGAGCGGCCGGACAAGACGGAGCCUUCGGAUGCCGGCUCAGGAAGCGCCCCAACCCUGGGACCCGGGGCAACUCUGGCGCAGGCCAACCGCCCCGGCAGCAACCAUCCAGGCAGCGACAGACAGGCCCUGAAGCUCCAGAGCAGGGAAGGGUCCUCGGGGUCAGGGCCUCAGGGAGUGAGUGAUGAUUCCCGGACAGACACAGACUCGAGCCCCGGGUGGGCUGGGCACGGAGGUCGCCCACCCAAGACCCCAGGAACCUCGAGCCGCAUCCCUGAAUCCCCGGAGACAGAGCUGGGGAGGGGGGCUGCAGCCUCCAGCUCCCUCGAGAGCGUCUGCGUGCGCGUCCCCAGGGGCCCUCAGAGUCCUGGAGACACCAGUGACGUCGGGGCACAGCCCAAGGCUGAGCUGCGGGGCGCUGAGGCUGAGCCGGCGGAGGCCCCCGGGGCUCAGAGCCUCCAGGUCGGAGAGAUGGCGGAGAAGGUGCCGGUGAUUGCGAGCGAGAGCGACGGGGGAGCCAGAGAGCUAGCGGGAGCGGGCCACCGAGGAGCCCGGGCCCCGUCGCCGCUGGCCACGCUGGUGGUGCUCCGCAGGCUGCGCGCGCGGCCCCCCGCUGGCCCGUCUCCCCAGCUCGCGGCUGGCGCCCGCGCGGGCCUCAAGACGCGGCUGCAGCGCGUGGCGCGGGCCCUGGGUCUCCUGCGCUGGCUGCGCCUGCGGGUGGCGCCGCGGCGGGGCGACGCAGACGGGCCGGGCCCGCCGGAGCGCGAGGGGCGCGGCCGCGAGAGGGCGCUGGAGGCGCGGGGCGCGGCGCCCGGGCGGCGGCGCUGGCGGGUCCUACGCCUGGCCAGCCGUCUGGUGGGGCUCCUGGGACCGCCGCGGGCGCCCCCUGACGGCGGCCCGAGCCCUCCGCCGACGCCGAAUGGCUCAGUCUCUGCUGCUGCGUCGGCCUUCGAGGAUCCAGCUCCAGAUCCCAAGUUCGCGGUGGUCUUCCCCCAGAUCCAUAGUGCGGGGAAGGAGUCCGGCGGCAGCAGCUCCGGAGCAUCCACGGACGCCCCCACCGGGGAAGGUGGCGUUUCCUCUCCUGCAGGGGCUGCAGAGGACAGCGAGGAGCAAGGGGCUAACGGAGCAGGGGUGAUCGGGUCCCGGCAGGCUCCCUCCUUUUCCCUGUCUGCCCCUCAGGGGACUCCACCGGAUGAGAACCGGGGCGAAGCAGAGCCAGGGACCGUGGCAGCCGAGACUCGGGUGCACUGGGCGCAGGCCUCUACUCCCUGCGAAGACCCUGGGCUUGGCGCUGAUACUCUGCUGCCUCAACUGGCCUUGGAGACUCGCCUGCGGCAGAAUAGCCUCUGCAGGUCCCCGAGGGAGCAGUGGGAGCCAGAGGACGACGCUGAGGCAGCGCUGGAGAGGGACCUGGAGCUGAGCCUCCAGAGGGACCUAGAGAUGCCCUUCCCUGCUGCUAAGACCAGGAGUCUCCCGGAGCUCCUGGAAGACAUUGAGGACCUCGCCCGGCUGCGGCUGGUGUGUGACAGCUCCGUGCUCCUGUGUCUCAAGAAGAGGUUCCACCUGGGCCGCAUCUAUACUUUCGGGGGGCCCCUCCUCCUUGCUGUGAACCCCCACCAGCCCUUGCCUGUCUUCUCACCAGAGGUCUUGGCCAGCUACCAUUCCCGGAAGGCCCCAAACACCACAGCACACAUCUUUGCCAUCGGGGCAGCAGCCUAUAACCUGUGUCAGGGCUCUGGACAGGACUCCUGCAUCCUCCUGGGGGGGCACAGUGGCUCAGGGAAGACAGAGGCUGCCAAGAAGAUUGUGGAGCUUUUAAGCAGCAUGAGACAGAAGGAGACAGAGGCCAACCGGGCUCAGCUAGAGGACGUGCUGCCUAUACUCAGCAGCUUUGGCCAUGCCAAGACCAUCCUCAAUGCCAAUGCCAGCCGCUUUGGCCAGGAGUUACGCCUCUGCCUGCAGCAGGGGGUCAUUGCAGGAGCCUCUGUGUCCCACUAUCUGCUUGAGACCUCCAGAGUAGUGUUUCAGGUAGGAACCAGCCUCCUGCCCACCCCCCCAGCUCUGAAAGUGGGAAGGAGGAGGGGCCAUGGCCCUCAAACCCUGCUCUCUGCCAAGCCAGUUUCUCCACCCAAGGCCCAGGCUGAGCGAAGCUUCCAUGUUUUUUAUGAGCUGCUGGCAGGGUUGGAGCCCACGGAACGUGAGCGGCUCUCCCUGCAAGGACCUGAGGCCUACUACUACCUCAACCAGGGCCGAGCCUGCAGGCUGCACAGCAAGGACGAUGCCCAGGACUUCAAAGGGCUGGUGAAGGCCCUGCGGACGCUGGGCUUGUGUGCAGAGGAGCUGGCUGCAGUCUGGGCUGUGCUGGCCACCAUCCUGCAUCUGGGCAACAUUUGCUUCUCUUCUUCAGAGCGGGAGUCCCAAGAGGUGGCUGCUGUGUCCAGCUGGGCUGAAAUCCACUCGGCAGCACGGCUGCUGCAGGUGCCACCGGAGCGCCUAGAGGGGGCAGUCACCAAGAGGGUCAUGGACACGCCCUACGGCCCAGUGUCCAGAUCCCUGCCAGUAGAAGGCGCUAUCGAUGCUAGGGACGGUCUGGCCAAGACCCUGUACACAAGGCUCUUCGGCUGGCUUCUGAAACAGAUCAACAUGCGGCUGGCCCCACUGAGGGAGGCAGGCGGCGUGAGCACCAUCACUGUUGUGGACGCCUAUGGCUUUGAGGCACUGCGGGUAAAUGGCUUAGAGCAGCUGUGCAGCAAUCUGGCCAGCGAGCACCUGCAGCAAUUCUCCAGCCAGAAGCUGCUGGCCCAGGAGGAGGAGGAGUGCCAUCGCGAACAGCUGAGCUGGGUCCCCAUCCCCCAGCCUCCCAGGCAGUCUUGCGUGGACCUCCUGGUGGGACAGCCCCAUAGCCUCCUAAGCAUCCUGGACUCCCAGACGUGGCUACCCCAGGCCACGGACCACACUUUCCUCCAGAAAUGCCACUAUCACCAUGGCGACCACCCCAGCUACGCCAAGCCCCAGCUGCCCCUGCCUAUCUUCACGGUGCAGCACUACUCCGGGACCGUCACCUACCAGGUGCACAAGUUUAUAAACAGAAACAGGGAGCACCUGGACUCGGCCAUGCUGCAGGUGCUCGCGCAGAGCCAGCUGCAGCUCGUGAGCAGCCUGUUCCAGGAAGAGGAGCCGCAGGCCGGGACUGAGCAGAGCAAACCCACGCUGGCCUCUCGAUUCCAGAAGUCCCUGGGGGACCUGCUGGCCCGGCUAGGCAGGAGCCAUGUCUAUGUCAUCCACUGCCUCAACCCCACCCCCGGAAAGCUCCCAGGCCUCUUCGAUGUGGGACACGUGGCAGAGCAGCUGCACCAGGCUGGCAUCCUGGAGGUCAUAGGCACCCGAAGUGCCCACCUCCCUGUGCGAGUGCCCUUCCAAGUCUUCCUGGCAAGGUUCCGAGCCCUGGGGUCAGGGAGACGGAAAGCUGUCUCUGAGCAGGAGAGGUGUGGUGACAUCCUCAGCCAAGUGCUGGGGGCAGAGUCACCACUCUAUCAUCUGGGAACCACCCAGGUCCUACUGCAGGAGCAGGGCUGGCAGCAGCUAGAACUGCUGUGGGCUCAGCGGCGCUCGCAGGCCCUGCUCACUCUCCACCGUGGCCUCAGAGCCUGUAUCACGCGCCAGCGCCUCCGUUUCCUGCCCCGGAUGCAGGCUCGUGUGCGUGGACUCCAGGCCAGGAAGCGAUACCUCCGGCGGAGGUCAGCUUUGGGGCAGCUGAACACCAUUCUCCUCGUGGCUCGGCCACUGCUCCAGAGACGAAAGAGGCUGCAGCAUUCCCGUGGCCCUCACAGCAGGGAGGCCUGGGGGAAAGUGUCAAGGAUGGACCUCGGACGCUUGGAGAUCCCAGCCCAGCUGGCUGCUCUGCUGGAGGCAGCAGCAGGCCACCAGGCCACCCUGGCUGAGAGCAUCACAGAGUCCCUGCCACCUGAGGUUCCUGCCCGGCCCAGCCUGACCCUCCCUCCAGACAUUGACCAGUUUCCCUUCUCCAGCUUUGUGGCUGCCAGCUUCCAGAAGCCAUUUCUGCCUAGACCCGGGCAGCUGUUGGAUGAGCCCCUGACCCGGCUGGAUGGUGAGAACCCUCAGCAGGCUCUGGAGAUCAACAGGGUGCUGCUGCGGCUCCUGGGGGAAGGGUCCCUGCAGCCCUGGCAGGAGCAGACCAUGGGCUUGUUCCUGGUGCGGUGGGCGCAGCAGCGGCCCGGACUUCGGGACGAGCUCUUCAGCCAGUUAGUGGCCCAGCUGUGGCACAACCCAGAUGAGCAGCAGACCCAGCGUGGCUGGGCUUUGAUGGCAGUCCUUCUCAGCUCCUUCCCCCCUACGCCUGCCCUGCAGAAGCCGCUGCUCAAAUUUGUGUCUGACCAGGCCCCCUGGGGCAUGGCUGCAUUGUGCCAGCACAAGCUGUUGCAUGCUCUGGAGCAGACGCCACUGGCUCCCAUGGCCUCAAGGGCCCACCCACCCACGAAGCUCGAGUGGAAGGCUGGGUUGCGGCGGGGCCGAAUGACCCUGGAUGUGUUCACGUUCAACGAGGAAAGCUUCUCUGCAGAGGUGGAGUCCUGGACCACGGGCGAGCAGUUUGCAGGGUGGAUCCUACAAAGCAGAGGCCUGGAGGCGCCCCCUCGUGGCUGGUCUGUGUCACUGCAUUCUGGGGAUGCUUGGCAGGACUUGGCUGGCUGUGACUUUGUGCUGGACUUGAUAGGCCAGACUGAGGACCUGGGAGACCCAGCUGGUCCCCACGGCUACCCCAUCACUCCUUUUGGUUUAGCCGAGAACAUCCCUCCAGCCCCUGGUGUCCAGGCUCCUUCCCUGCCUCCAGGCCUCCCUCCAGGUCCAGCCCCAACGCUUCCCAGCAGCUGCCCUCCAGGUGAGGCCAAGAAGCCGGGAAACCUAGAUGGCUUCUUGGACCAUCUCUUUGAGCCAGUCCUCUCCCCAAGCUUCAGUGACCUGGAACAAGGCUGGGCCCUGAGCAGCCGCAUGAAGGGAGGGGGCUCUAUCGGGCCCGCCCAGCAGGGCUACCCCAUGGUGUACCCAGGUAUGGUGCAGACGCCCAGCUACCAGCCAGCCAUGAUGCCCACACCUAUGCCCAUGAUGCCAGCAAUGGGCACAGUCCCAACCAUGCCAGCCGUGAUGGUGCCACCCCAGCCACAGCCUCUGUUGCCCAGUUUGGAGUCGAGGCAGCUGGCACUACAGCAGCAAAGCUUCAUCAACCAGCAGGCGAUGAUUCUGGCCCAGCAGAUGACCGCACAAGCCAUGAGUCUGUCCCUGGAGCAACAGAACCAGAGACGCCAGCACCAAGUUCAGGCUUCUGGGGCUCCCUCCCAGUCUCCACCCUCAGCCACUGCUCCCAAGCCCAAGAAGCCUUCCGCUCCUCAAAAGAUGCCACAGAGUGACCUAGAACCUUUGGAUGUUUGCUUUAGAGAGGACCCUCCAGAGGAGCCUGAAGGCAGGCCUCAGCGCCCCAAGAGCUUCCAACAGAAACGGGACUAUUUCCAGAAGAUGGGGCAAGAGCCGAUUAAGGUGAAGACAGUGAAGCCUCCAGCCAAGGUUCAGAUCCCCCAGGAGGAGACAGAGGAUGACGAGGAAGAAGCGAGAGCAGAGCUGUCCCCUCCUCCUCCCCCAGUUGUGAAGAAGCCAUUAAAACAAAGCAGGACCAAAGCGGUAAAGGAGGAUGAGGUGGAACCAGCAGAAGAGGAAGUGCCAACCCAGGGCAGGAAACCCACAGCGCACAGCUCCGACUCCACACCUGAGCGUCCCCAGCCCAGCAAGAAACCCACAGCGCACAGCUCCGACUCCACACCUGAGCGUCCCCAGCCCAGCAGGGAAAUCCGCAACAUCAUCCGCAUGUACCAGAGCCGCCCAGGUCCUGUGCCAGUGCCUGUGCAACCCACCAGGCCUGUUAAAACUUUUCAGAAGAAAAAUGACCCUAAGGACGAGGCCUUGGCUAAGUUAGGAAUAAACGGUGCCCACUCGCCCCCAUCGACGGUGUCACCUAACGCAGGGAAGGCUUCUCCGCCAGCUGUGGUUCCUCGACCUAAGGCUCGGCCAAGACUUGAGCCUUCCAUAUCCAUCCAGGAAAAGCAGGGGCCCCUUCGGGACUUGUUUGGCCCAUGUAGCCCAAACCCGCCGGCAGCUCCGGCACCCCCACCCCCACCAGCACUCCCACUGCCUCUGCCUGAGGAACCCAAGACCCUUUCAGCGGAGUCUCGUGCCUUGACAGAGCCCAUGGAUGACAAGGGCAUCUCCACGCAGCUCCACAUGCCCUCUGGUAGCGUGUGCUUCUCCUACGCCAAUGCACCCUGGAAGCUGUUCUUACGCAAGGAGGUGUUCUAUCCCCGGGAGAACUUCAGCCAUCCCUAUUGCCUCAGCCUCCUCUGCCAGCAGAUCCUGCGGGACACCUUUGCAGAGUCCUGCAUCCGGAUCUCCCAGGAUGAGCGGCACAAGAUGAAAGACCUUCUGGGAAACUUGGAGGUGGGCCUGGACUCCCUCGACGCUGUUGAAGACAGCAUCAAAAAGCGCAUUGUGGUUGCUGCUCGAGACAACUGGGCCAACUACUUCUCACGCAUCUUCCCGGUGUCGGGCGAGAGCGGCAGUGAUGUCCAGAUGCUGGGUGUGUCACACCGGGGGCUGAGGCUGCUGAAGGUGACCCAAGGCCCCAGCUUCCACCUGAACCAGCUGAAGACCCUCUGCUCCUACAGCUACGCCGAGGUGCUGGCUGUACAGUGCAGCGGCAGCUCCACCCUGGAGCUGUCACUGAAGGAUGAGCAGCUGAUUCUGCGCACAGCCUGGGCGAGGGCCAUCAAGGCCAUGGUGGACCAGUUCUUGAGUGAGCUCAAGAAGGACUCUGGCUAUGUCAUCGCCCUGCGCAGUUACAUCACCGAUGACCACAGCCUCCUCAGUUUCCACCGUGGGGACCUCAUCAGGCUACUGCCAGUGGCCACCCCGGAGCCAGGCUGGCAGUUUGGCUCUGCCGGGGGCCGUUCUGGACUCUUUCCUGCUGACAUGGUACAGCCAGCUGCUGCUCCCGACCUCUCCUUUUCCCUGGGACAGAGAAACAGCUGGCAGCGCAAGAGUAAGCCACAGCCGCCCAAGGAGCUGGGGCCAGCUCAGGAACGCCCCGCCCAUCCCAGGAACCCAGAACCCAGCGAGGACUCAGAGGCCACCUCAACAGUCUACAGCUCUUUGUCUGCGGACUCCCACAACUACACCAUGCAGGAAUUUGCCCUGCGCUACUUCCGGAAGCCUCUUACCUGGCUGACCCAGUCCGGUAGAGGCACCAAGGAGAAGGCUGUAGUCAACUUGAUCCAGUACACUAAGGACCCCAUCCAGGAAUCCCUCAUUAGCUUCAGCGAUGAGGAUACAAACAGGGAGGCUGUGGCCGGCUUCAAGGCUCUGAUGCAGUUUAUGGGGGACCAGCCUAAGCCCCGGGGCAAGGAUGAGCUGGCUUUGCUGUAUGAGCUGCUGAAGCUGUGCCAAGAGGACCUCAGGGAUGAGAUGUACUGCCAGGUCAUCAAGCAAGUCACAGGCCACCCCGAGCCGAAGCACUGCGCUCUGGGCUGGACCAUCCUCAGCCUCUUCACAGGCCUCUUUGCACCGUCCACCACGCUGAUGCCCUAUGUGACGAAGUUCCUGCAGGAGUGCAGCCCUCACCAAGAGCUGGCCCGGAGCAGCCGAGAGAACCUCCAGCGCACAGUUAAAUACGGGGGGCGCCGGCAGCUGCCGCCACCCGGUGAAAUGCAUGCUUUUCUGAAAGGACAAGCAGUCCGUUUGCUUCUGAUUCACCUGCCUGGGGGUGUGGACUACAGGACAAAUACACAGACAUUCACGGUGGCAGGAGAAGUGCUAGAGGAGCUGUGUGGACAGAUGGGCAUCACAGACUCACAGGAAGUGCAGGAAUUUGCCCUCUUCCUCAUCAAAGGGGAAGGUGAGCUAGUUCGGCCGCUGUCGUCCCGAGAGUACCUCAACAAUGUGCUGAUAGACCAGGACAUGAGCCUGCACAGCCGGCGGCUGGGGUGGGAGACCCCACUGCACUUUGAUCACCCCACCUACACGGAAACCCACUAUGGCCAGGUGCUACGGGACUACCUGCAAGGGAAGCUGAUGAUCAGUGCCCAGGCAGAGGCUCAGCUUGCCCGGCUGGCUGCCCUCCAACAUCUCAACAGAGCCAGCAGGAGUCCCCUAACAGAGCAAGAGCUGCGGUCUUACAUUCCCAAGCCACUGCAAUGGCAGGUGAACAUAGCCAACAUAGAGAGCUUGGUGGGCCAGGAGCUGAGGCAGAUGCAAGGAUACAGCCAGCAGAAAGCACAGAUUGGCUUUAUCGAGACUACGAGCCAGCUGCCCCUCUUCGGCUACACUGUGUAUGUGGUGCUGAGAGUGAGUAAACUGGUCCUUCCUGGACCGCUCCUCCUGGGGCUCAACCGCCAACACCUGGUCCUCAUGGACCCCAGCUCUCAGAAACUCUGCUGCUCCAUCACCCUAAAAGACCUGCAGCGGCUCCACCUGCUGAGCCCACUGGAGGAAGAUGGGCCCCCCGGCCUGGAGCUCAAUUACGGCUCUGCUGACAACCCCCAGACCAUGUGGUUGGAGCUACCACAGGCCCAGGAGUUACAGCGCACCAUUGUCUUCCUGCUGGAGGGCAGCGUGUCCACUCAGUGGCCAGGCCUCCUCUGAGCAGAGUGGAGAUAAGGCAGUGGCCUCUCCCUGGGCAGUCCUUCGCUGGUCUUUGCUGACUGGUCCUGCUUUGAACCUACCUGCAGCAUAAUAACCCCAUGUGGGGGCUCUAACGCAGGGGUUGCGACUUCAGUGACUUCCACUGGGAGAGAAAGCAGACACGUUCACUCUAAGGUGGACUGAACCAAGAGCUGGGCUGUAGGAACUUGGCUGACGUCCAGCCUGGGGAAAAUGCCCUCAGCUCUAGAGCCAGCUCGGGCCUGGAUGAAGCUGCUUCUGCACAAAUAAAAACACCCAAGAAAA